UAGAUUACAGCUUUACCCCGGCCCCUCGCACUGCAAAAGAAAGGAGUCAUUGAACACCAGCUUCGCUCAAAACAUGCCCUCCCUGCACCGGCGGAGAGGGGGCUCCGGGAGCCCACCUUCCACUGAGAACGAAAAGCGAAUCUGCAGAGAGACGUUCGGUGGCCGACUGAGGGGGAGGGAGGGGGCCGCCAUCCGUUUCCCGGCGCAGAGAGGAAUCCGUCCCAGCCGGUGAAGGGGACAGAGGAGGACGGAUUCACGGGACCCCAGCCGUGCUCCAGGACUCGGGAACUUGCUGGAGCCUCGUAAACGCAGCACGUCAGUCAUAAUGCUGGUCUUCUGGGUGCUGGGCACUUUCUUCCUGUCCAUGGUGGUGCCCAGCUUCUCUCAAAGCGGGGAUGGGGAGCUGGGUUCAGGGGAGGUCUAUCUGAAUAUGAGCCGAGGCCCUUCCAUCGAGCCCAAGGAUGCUCCAAAUGAGAGCGAGUUGGACCAGGAGACAGACCCUGACCGCUGCUCUGCGAGCUUCUACAGGUGCCCUGCCUCCGCUCGCCGCCUCAAAGCCAUGAGGGAUGAGGUUCACUACCUCCAGGCCAUCCAGCAUGGCAACCAGGCUGUGAUGGAGAACCUGAUCCAGUAUGUCAGCACUGAGAUGGGUGAUCAGAGCUACCAAGAGGUGAUCCAGGAGAACAUUGUUGGAAUCAAAGAAGACCACCUUAAUCUUGAGGAGGUGGUUAAGAAGAUUGUAGAAGAUUUGGAAACCCAGUUGGAGGGGGGUAUCCUGGAGUCAUUGGCAGAGAAAAACAAAAUCUUAGAGGAGUCCCUGGCCAUUGAGACCAUGCUAUCGGCUGCUGCAGGCAUGGCCCAGAAGCUGGAGGGCUCGGCACAGACACUCUAUUCUUCUUUCACCAAGCAGCUAAAAAGGCCCGUUGUCACUCUCCACUGAGCCCUCAAAACUUGCUCUCUGUUUGCUGUACUUGGAAAUAGUAUGAAUGUCUUAAUGACUUGUGGUUUUACCUGGUUUACAGCUGCCUGCAUUGUACAAUGAGUACAGCUUGGCAAGGUGCUCAUUCCAUUUUUACACUAAGCAGGAAUGAGCCUGAACAAGAAUGAACAAGGCUGGACCAGGCUUAAUUUACUUGUUUUCCUAUUAUAAUUAUGAACUGCAGGGUUGAAUGAUGUACAAAUGUUGUGUCAUAGACCGAGUUAAAAUGAUUAGCUAACCUUAUGGCAUAGCAUCCAGAAACUGUCCGUUAAGAACAGAAAUGAAUAUCGACAAAAUAAUACAUUUUAAAAAAAAAAUACAAAUGCACGAUCCCAGUUGGGUUCAGAUUUAUUGAACAAAUCAGCCCCUUCCUUGGGAUUACCUUCAAAUGAAAAGCUUUUGAUUUUUGCUUCACAUUUUUGUAACACAAACAACAAGGGACUUGUACUAUACUAAGCGCUAUGAAAAGAAACAUUUCUCAUUAAAGUGUGACAACUCCAUACACCACUGGAGAAAUAUCCCGCAAAGUACUGUAAAUGUACAUGUGUGCUUGAGUUUCUGUUACUUCACUUUUACACCAUGUACUGAAAUCACAUGAAACUUUGAACGGUUUAAGGAACAGGUCACAAAAACUCCGUGGAAUGUUACAGAUUCUUGCCGUCUUUUUAGUAUAGUUGGUGACGGCAGAACAAAUUCUACGGCACGCCUGAUAUAUUUGGAAACACAGAAGCAGCCUCUUUGGAAUAUACAGCAUAAUACACUUUGUACAUUUAUACAGAGAAGUUAUGAUGAGCUUUAAUUUUCAUAGAUAAUUUUUCACUGAGCAGCAAUAUAUAUAUAUAUAUAUAUAUAUAUAUAUAAAUUACAGUUUAUUUUCAGCAUUUCCCAUAAUUCUAUCAUACCUAUAUAGUUUUUUAUAUAUAUAACAAGCACUAUUUGUAUGAUAUUUAUACAAAUACAGCAGAUUUGCAACUGUUGUUGAUAAAACACAUCGAUAAACUACAUCAUUUGGGGUGCUGGGCUCUUACAAAAAUAUGCUUUUAUCAUAAUACCUUAUGCUUGUUACAUUUAUUGAACUAGAUUAAUAGGUGAAGGGCAUUUUGUUUUGUGGGGGGGCUUGUAUUUUGCUGUGGGUCAUCGUGGGUUUGGUUAGUCUCAGCUCAGCUUCCUUAGAGCAGGACUGGGACGGACAGGGACACCGAGAGCAGCCCAUAGCCCUAAGUGCGGAGGCGGGCAGUGUCCCGAAGACGUGCGGGUGAAUCGUGAAGGUCAGCCCGAGGGUGGCUACUUUUACUACCUCUACAACACGUCCGUUGUGUCGGAUGUCAGGUUUGUGAUCCAAGGUCAGCUGCGGCUGCAUUUGUAAAGAUACUUAGCGCAUGUCCGCACUGAAAUGCUUUCCGACUUAUUUCUAUAUGUUGAGCCCUAAUAAACUUUUAAUUUACCAUGCAUCAUAAA